GGGGGAUAUGGGGCAGCGGCGGCGGCGGCGGUGGCGGCGGCAGCAGCGGCGUUGGCGGCGGCUGGAGGAGGCGGGCGCGGGUGAGCCGGAGACAGCAGCCGCAGCAGCAGCAGCCCCCCGACUCCCCCAGCCCUGAGCAGCCCCUCAGCCCGUGCCUGUCACUCCUCGGGAAAGGGCGGCGCGGGCGCAGCCCCCUCCCGCCUACCGCCGCUGCUCGCGGCGUCGCCGCCCUCGGCACUCUCGGUCCCUUCCUCGGGCUCCGGCGACUUCGGCUCGGGCUCCUCCAUCUUGGUCCCGGCAGCCGUGGCUGCGGGGACGAUGUGCCGCCUUCUGGCCGGGCGAAGGAGGAGAAGAUGAAGAAGUACCGACGGGCCUUGGCCCUGGUUUCCUGCCUCUUCCUCUGCUCCCUGGUCUGGCUUCCCAAUUGGCGUGUGUGUUGUAAAGAGAGUUCUUCGCCUUCUUCAUAUUACUCUCAAGAUGACAAUUGUGUACUUGAAAAUGAAGAUGAACAUUUCCAGAAAAAGGAGGAAAUUGAUAAAUCCAUUAAUACAGAAUUGUUGGGAAAUAUAGACUCAACUAUGCCUAGUCCACCAGAACAUGAUACCUUAGGAGAUGACUGCAACAUUGAUGAACAGGAUACACAGUCAAGGAUUUUAAGUUCACCUGUAGUUGAGACACUCCCAUCAGUUGACAUCAAUGGAGAUUCUCCUAGUAUAGCUGAAAAUAUUGAAAAUGUUGAGAAUAUUUCCACCUCAUCUACCUCAGAGAUCACUCCAGUCUCAGAACCUAAUGAAAUAGAAAAUUCCAGUGCUGAUAUCCCACUUGCUAGUUUGAGUGAAAUUGAGCAGUCUGAAACUGACUGUAGUAUUGGUGGGAGCCUUUAUUCAGACCCCCAAGUUGAAAAACAUGGGACCCUUGGUUUAGACCAGCAUGUUGAACAUUCAGCCUUUGUCAGUUCACCAGAAAGUCUUGUUGGUCAGCAUGUAGAAAAUACUUCCUCUUCACAAGACAAGGGAAUGAUGACUAAAUCAGAAUUUGAGUCAGUUGAACCAAAUAAGCCAGAUGCUGAUCUUCAAAAAUCUGUAUUAAAUGCUUCAGAGAACUUAAAAGAGGUGACAGAUUACAGAAAGCUUGGAGAUGCUGAUUCCACGCCUGUAGUAAGCCCCAAAGACCCAGGAGACAUUCCAACAUUUGAUGAGUGGAAAAAAAAAGUUAUGGAAGUAGAGAAAGAAAAAAGUCAGUCAAUGCAUCCAUCUUCCAAUGGUGGUCAACAUUCAACCAAAAAGGUCCAGAAAAACCGGAAUAAUUAUGCUUCAGUAGAAUGUGGUGCCAAAAUAUUAGCAGCUAAUCCAGAGGCCAAGAGCACAUCUGCAAUUCUGAUAGAAAACAUGGACUUAUAUAUGCUGAAUCCAUGUAGCACUAAAAUUUGGUUUGUUAUUGAACUCUGUGAGCCAAUUCAAGUAAAGCAGUUUGACAUUGCUAAUUAUGAAUUAUUUUCAUCUACUCCUAAAGAUUUCCUGGUGUCUAUUAGUGACAGAUAUCCAACAAGCAAAUGGAUUAAACUGGGCACUUUUCAUGGUAGAGAUGAGAGGACCGUCCAGAGUUUCCCUUUAGAUGAACAGAUGUAUGCAAAAUAUGUCAAGAUGUUCAUCAAAUACAUAAAGGUGGAGUUGGUAUCACAUUUUGGAUCAGAACACUUUUGUCCAUUAAGCCUUAUAAGGGUAUUUGGCACCAGCAUGGUUGAAGAAUAUGAAGAAAUUGCUGAUUCUCAGUACCAGUCUGAACGACAAGAACUAUUUGAUGAGGACUAUGAUUAUCCUUUGGAUUAUAGUACUGGGGAGGACAAAUCUUCAAAAAAUCUUCUUGGUUCUGCUACAAAUGCCAUUCUAAAUAUGGUGAAUAUUGCUGCAAAUAUUUUGGGAGCAAAAACUGAAGACCUUGCUGAGGCAGAAGGAAAUAAGAGCAUCUCUGAGAAUGCCCCGACCACAGCAGCCCCUCACAUGCCAGAUCCAGAGCCAAGUCCCGUUCCAUCACCUGAGUUUGUAACUGCUGAAGGUCAUUUACCAGAUACAGAGCCACCCACCCUGGACUUCCCUAAAGAAGGCCCAAUUGUACAACUGGUCCAAGAAGAAGAGGAGGAGCCAAGCCCAUCAACUGUCACACUUCUGGGGAAUGAUGAGCAAGAAGAAGAGUCCCCAGCCUGGUCUGAGUUGGAGACACAAUUGUAUUGCAGUGAGCUAGUGACUGCAUGUUGUGUUUCUAGCUGUUCAGAGUAUCUGCUGAAGUGGUGUUCCCUUAGAGUUGCUCUUUCUCGUCAACGCAGCAGAACUGUGGGUAGCAGAGAGGCAUAUUACCCUGUUACAGCUCAGCCGCCAUUACCACUGGCCACUGAGACAUUAGAGGCUUCUGUGUCACAACCUCUCAGUGAGGAAUUGGACAAUAAGAUGAUGGAGAAAGAAGCUGAAACUGCUGUGGCACAUAACAUAAGCAGUGUUUUCCAUGAGGAUCUGAUCAAUCAUACCAAGGAUGCUAUUGAACUAGAGCCCAGCCAUACACCAGCUGUGUCUCAAUCAGUUCUUUUGGAUGUAACUCCAGAAAUCAAGUCGUCCUCCAGAGCUGAGGUUCCUGACCCUAUUAAGCAUGAAGUGGGACAGACAGUAUCACAGCUCUUUCCUCAAGAAAGCAUUGUUGAAGAUUAUACAGAAACAGAAAAAAAGUCCGAGGGCAAUGUUCCUGUAGAAAAGCAUUCCGUGAUCCAUGAAACUAGUACGUUGGGUGAAGUUAGGGACAGUAGCAUUAGGGAUGAUGUAAACUCAAUUCAAAUGAUCUUAAAGCCUUCAGAAUCAAUCCUGCUGCCCGAACACACGGCCUCUGUGGCAGACAGCGAAGAUGCAGAAGCCAAGGUGACCACCACUGAUGCACACAAGCACAUUCCACCUCCUGUUGUGGAGUCUUCUUCAGUCUCUGACAUAAGAGAUGAGGAACAAGCAGCAGAAGAUGCGCUUCUUGCUAUGCCUGUGCAUGGUGGUUUGCAGAGGACAGCUCCUGAUUUUUAUGCUGAAUUACAAAAUUCAACAGAUCUAGGGUAUGCUAAUGGAAACCUUGUGCAUGGAUCAAACCAAAAGGAAUCUGUUUUCAUGAGGCUUAACAACCGCAUUAAAGCCCUAGAAGUCAACAUGUCCCUCAGUGGCCGAUACCUAGAAGAACUUAGCCAAAGGUAUCGAAAACAAAUGGAAGAAAUGCAAAAGGCCUUUAAUAAAACUAUAAUAAAACUUCAGAACACUUCUCGAAUAGCAGAGGAACAGGAUCAACGACAAACUGAAGCUAUCCAGUUGCUGCAGGCACAGCUGACCAACAUGACACAAUUAGUUUCUAAUUUAUCAACAACAGUAGCAGAACUAAAACGUGAGGUUUCAGAUCGACAAAGCUAUCUUGUGAUUUCUUUGGUUUUGUGUGUCAUAUUGGGACUGAUGCUUUGUAUGCAGCGUUGUAGGAAUACUUCUCAGUUUGAUGGAGAUUAUAUCUCAAAGCUUCCUAAGAACAAUCAUUAUCCCAGCCCUAAAAGAUGUUUCUCCUCCUAUGAUGAUCUGAAUUUAAAAAGAAGAACCUCAUUUCCCCUUAUCAGAUCCAAAUCUCUUCAGUUAACUGGCAAAGAAGUAGAACCAGAUGAUUUAUACAUCGUAGAACCACUUAAGUUCUCACCAGAAAAAAAGAAGAAACGCUGCAAAUAUAAAACUGAAAAAAUUGAGACUGUUAAGCCAGCUGACUCAUCACAUCCUAUAGCCAAUGGAGACAUUAAAGGAAGGAAGCCCUUUACGAACCAGAGAGAUUUUUCUAAUAUGGGAGAGGUUUAUCACUCUUCUUAUAAGGGACCUCCAUCUGAAGGAAGCUCAGAAACCUCCUCACAGUCUGAGGAAUCCUAUUUCUGUGGCAUUUCAGCUUGCACAAGUUUGUGUAAUGGACAGACCCAAAAAACAAAAACUGAGAAGAGGGCUUUAAAGCGAAGGCGAUCUAGAGUUCAAGACCAAGGAAAGUUGAUAAAAACGCUCAUUCAGACUAAGUCAGGUUCGAUGCCGAGCCUGCACGACCUCAUCAAAGGAAACAAGGAGAUCACGGUGGGAACGUUUGGUGUCACAGCCGUAUCAGGACACAUCUAAAAUUAGCUGAAUUUUUCAUACUGGAGACUUUUGUUGUUCACUAAAGAAGACUGUGGUAUUUGAAGGGGCUGGGGGGUGGGUUAGGGAGACAUUAAAAACUAAUGGGAAAAGGAUUCAGAAAUUACGAUUUCUGCCUUUUUAAGUAGAUGGGAUUGUGUCAAUCUUGGUUAAUGAGCUGCAGUUUUACAAGGCUGAUCACUUCCUACCUGGACAAUGGGAGACAUUUUAUAAAGAUGUUUUUUCACAGAUUAAUUACUGGGGCAAAGGUAAUUUGGAAACCCAGUUCCUUGGGUAGAAUAGGAAUGAAAGCCUAAUGCUCUUCCUUCAGCUUUGUUCCUAUUUCUUGCACCUUCCCAUAUUUAUGUGCCUUGUGUCUAUUUAUAACGCCACUGGAAGAUGAGAGAGAAAGAGAAACUUGUUUCUGUCAUCUGAUUUCUUUGGUAACGUAAGCUCUUUUGAAGCUGUAAACACUACAUUGCUCUACAAGGGGCCUGUGCCUGAAGCUCAGCCUGUACAUGUAUUCGGGCAGUGAAGAUCAGAUGAGACUUGCCUAGAAGAUCUCUGUGUAGCAGACUCACCAAGGAAUAUAAAUGACUUGCAGGGCCAGAAAGUCUGUUCUCUGAGGGGGAUUGUGAUGCUGUAAUGGUGUUUUCUUUUACUUGAUUUAGAAUGAAUUCAUUUAUCCUUGGGAAUUGAAUGAUAUAAACAUAAAGUGGACCACCUAGGACUUUGCAGAUGACCAUUAUUCCCAAACUAAUUUUUUUAUAGAUUUACCUUAAGGAUAUUUAACUACCAUUGUGGGUACUCAUUGGCUACAUUUGAAUUCUGAUUGUUCACAAUGAACACAAAUCCUUUGAAACAUGCAAAAUUUGAAGAAGUAGAUUUGGCAAAGGGAAAAAAAACACCAACUCGUGACCAGUAAUAGUGCAAAAUUAUAUUAUCAUUGCAGAGUCCAAAAGUAAACAGGCAUGCCAGUGAGUUUGCUGAUCCUUGUCUAAAUGGUCAAGACUGAAUGAAAUAUUCCAUAAUGUGUUUGCUUUAGUAUUGGCUACAAAUGUGCAGGGGGUGUUGUUUGGAUGUGUGUGGUUUUUGUCUGUGUUCAUACUUUUUCUUUUUUUAAUUUUGGCAACGAUUGUAUACUUGGAUUACAAUUAUUCCAUAGGGGGUGUGAAUGUGCAGUGGCGAGUGAAGUUGGAGAAAGCAUCUUUUUUCUUUUUGUCUUGAGAGGUCUAGCAGCAUCACGUUCCUUGUAAGGCUGUUAUAACUUAUUGAGCACUUUUAGUAAUGUCCUUUUUUAAAACUGAUCUGAUGCCUUUUCUGGGUAUUGUAUGUAAUGUGACUUAUUUAAAGCCUUUAAAAAAUUUUUUUUGCUGCUUUCAUGUUAGUUUACCAGUACAUUUUGGGUGGUAUAAUUUUUGUUGGUCAGUCUGCACAUUUAGCCAUUCAGAGCAAGAGGGCCUGAGUUUUAUAAUAAUUACAGUGAAUUGAGGCCCAAAUUAGAAUGAGGUAGGGAUGGGAAAAUAACAUCAUCUGAGUGCAGCAUUCAACAUUGUGGAAAGAAGACCCAUGUAACUACAGAGCUGUAGUGCCAUUAGAAACUGUGAAUUUCCAAAUAAAUCUGAACACUUGUCUUUAUUAA